ACUUGUCCACAUAAUUAACCACCAAUCCCAAUGGACUAAACUUUUCUUGACAUACGACUUGCCUAUCUAUAAAACAGCUGAUCAUAAGAUAUGGAGUUAUUCCCAGUUGUUCCCGCCAAUUCCCGCGUAAAUACGUCUUGAUUGGCAUGUAUGAGAGUUGUAUUAGGUUGCAAGUUUAUUGAGUUGACUUAAUGAAGAAGAAAUGUGGGAUCUGUUUAUAGUUUUAUCUUGAUAACUCGAAACAGAUUUUAUAUCGGACCCCAUGAAUAUCAUUAAUACGAGAAAAAUGUCUAACACAACAAAUCGCCGUAAGGAAUCUUCAACUUCUGAAAAUUCCAGUGUAGAAUCUGAAGAAAAUUCAGUUUCUGACUCUGAAAACUCUAAACGACGUAUACGUACUAGAACAUCAACUAAAGGAACACCUUUGAAAAGUAAUCAUACUAAUGUACUGAGAAAUAAAAAUUCUGAAACAAAUGAAAGUAAAUAUGGAGAAGCAGAGCAACUUUCACCAAAAAAGAGGAAAAGAGUGACAAGAAGUACAAGUGAAGAAAGUUUAGAACCUAGAAGUCGAAGUGUAUCACCGGAGAUUUCAUACGAAGGACCACCGGCAACGUACAAACUUUAUGAAAACAAUGGUCAAUCUCUGGUUAUUAAAAAGCCUUUAAAUAUUGAAGUACAUAGGAGAUCAAAGAAAUGUAAUGAACUAGACAUAUCAAAUUUAUUGAAUUCUGAUAGUGAUUCAGAUAAUAUAUUUACGAAAAUAAAAGAUGUGGGUGCAAAAAUUGUAGCUAUGUCGAAGAGUAAUUGCGUAGAAGAAUUAGAAUUAUUAAGUACUCCAAAAAAUAAACUAGAUACACCAAAGAAUCGUGAAGUAACCGUAGCAAAGGAGUUCUCUCCAAAAAAAGCAAGGCGAAAUUUAUCAGAUUCUUUGGAUACUGAAGGUUGCAUCAGUUCAGAGGUUUUGCUAAAGAAACUAGAGAAAAAACGCGAAGAUGCAUCAUUAAAGAUAAAAUUGAGAAGAUCCACUGAACAAAGUCACUAUAAAAUUGAUUCGGAUUCGGAUUUGGAUUAUGAAACUUGCAGCCGAAAAACUGUAGUAAGUACUCCAAGAAACAUUGUAAAAGCAAGCCUAAAGAAAUCGACAACACCUGCUAUAAAAAUUAAAACAAACGUAGAAGGAAAUGUAAAUGUCAGUGAUAAAAAUGAAAUUAAAAAGUCUUUAGAAGUUCAUGUUGAUCAGACAGAAGUACGAAAGUCGAGGAGAGUUCGAACUCCUUCAACAAGAUACACCGACUACAAAACAGAUGCAGAUGAGACGCCGACAAUACAUACAUCAAAAUUGAGAACCAGGAAGUCCAUAAAUUAUAAUGAACAUAAUUUAUUUAACAACCACAUUAUUGUAAAUACACGCGGCACACCUUCAAAAACAUAUUCGCAACAAAAUACGGCUGUCACACCAAGAACAACUAGACGCACCAGAAGUUUAAUACCAAAAAAUUUCAUAAAUCAGGAAACUACCGCUUCUUCGCCAUUAAAAAAUACAACAAAAGUAAGCACCCCUACAAAACGUGAAGUUAAAAAAGAAGAAAGCGAUUCCGAAAGUUCUAACAGUAUGAUAUUUGACCAAAUUUCUACGAAAACUCCUGAGAGAGCAACAAUUGCAACUAAGAAUGUUGCAGCCACUCACAGGACAACUAGACAAAAUUCCACUGAAAUAUUAAGAGAGAAUGAAACACAAGCUCAACAUUCUUUAAUUAGUAACGAAGUACAACCGGAUAUAAAAAUGACUAUGAGCAAUACUGAAGCACACAAAACGCCAAGGAAAAGUACAAAACUAUUAGAUGUUACGGAAGCAUCCACACCUCGUCGAAGGAAUGUUGCAUCAAGAACUAAAGAAGAACCAGGUUUUUCGACUCCGAAACGAAGCACAAAAACUGCUGCAAAAUCUCAUACACCUUCAAGCAUAAAACACAGAAAUCUAACUCCAUCGAUGCAUCAACGAAAUGCAGUACUCUUAAAACCAACCACAGCCCUUGAAGAAGCUAGAGCUCGAUUACACGUUAGUGCAGUACCGAAAUCCCUACCUUGCAGAGAAGAGGAGUUCAAUAACAUUUACACAUUUCUUGAGAGAAAGUUAUUGGAUAACAGUGGAGGAUGCAUGUAUAUAAGCGGUGUACCUGGCACAGGUAAAACUGCAACAGUGAACGAGGUAAUAAGGUGUUUAAAGAAAUUGGUAUCCAAGCAUGAAUUGAAUGAUUUUAAAUUUAUUGAAAUUAACGGGAUGAAAUUGACUGAGCCAAGGCAAGCUUAUGUUCAUAUAUUAAAACAACUAACGAACCGUACCGCUACAUGGGAGCAAGCAUAUCAGUUACUUGAAAAGCAGUUUAUCCGUCCUACUUCAAAAAAAUGUAUGACGUUGCUGCUUGUGGAUGAGCUUGAUUUAUUAUGUAAUAAACGCCAAGACGUCGUGUACAAUUUAUUAGAUUGGCCUACAAAGUUAAACGCCCAAUUAGUUGUAAUAACAAUAGCCAACACUAUGGAUCUUCCAGAAAGAGUUUUAAUGGGACGUGUCACUUCUAGAUUGGGUCUUACAAGAUUAACUUUUCAGCCUUAUAAUCAUAAACAGUUACAGGAAAUUGUAAUUACUCGACUAAAAGAUUCUAAUGCCUUCAGAAGCGAAGCUAUACAAUUAGUAGCAAGAAAAGUAGCAGCGGUAUCCGGAGAUGCUCGACGAGCUUUAGAUAUUUGUCGGCGUGCAACAGAAAUUGCUGAAUCUCAUGACGCUGGAACUGUGUCAAUGCAAGAUGUUAAUGAAGCCUUAACUGAAAUGAUCGCUAGUGCUAAGGUUCAGGCUAUUAGACAUUGUUCGGAAAUGGAAAGAACAUUUUUACAAGCCGUUAGUGCUGAAAUAGCAAGAACAGGGAUCGAGGAAGCCAUAUUUAAAAAUGUUUUUAAGCAGUUUGAAGCAUUAUGUUCGUUUGAUGGGGUUAAAACACCUAGUAUAACAGAAUCGCUGGGAAUUUGUGCAAGACUUGGUGCCUAUAGAUUACUGAUAUGUGAGCACUCUAGAGCAGAUAUCACUCAGCGAAUUCUAUUGAACGUUUCAUCGGAUGAUAUACAUUUUUCUAUGCAAGAUAUUUCUAUUUAAAGACAUUGUUGACGAAGGAGUAACGAAGUUAA